AAUAGCUGACGUGUGUUCCUGACAGAGAAACUGAAACUGAUGUUUUUUUUUUUCUUUCCCCUCUUGCAAGUUGCCAAAUAAAACUGAGCUACUCACCAGGCAUGGCUCCCCAGCCUCAGGAGAAGAAAACGGUUUUAGAUGUUGGGACAUGGGAGCAGAUAUUUCAAGAACUGAUGCAGCAGGAGAAACCCCGGGCCAGAUGGACCCUGAAGUUGGAUAAGAAUCUCGAUCCAAACUGCCUUGCAGAAGGGUGGAAGCAAUACGAGCUGAAAGGAUUCGGCAGGUUCCAGUGUUCCUCAUGCCAGCGGAGUUGGGCUUCUGCUCAAGUGCAUAUCCUAUGUCACAUGCACCUGGAGUCCCACAAAUCCCAGGGUCAGGUGAUUAUGCGCCUCUUUGCUCAGAGGUGCAAGAAGUGUUCCUGGUCUCGAUUUGAGAACCCUGAGUUCUCCCCAGAGAGUACCAUGAGGAUUCUGAAAAACGUGGUGCUGCGUAUUCUGAAGAAAUUCUAUGACUUUAAGAAGGUUUCAGAGCUACCGAUCAUUCGGGAGGUGCCUUUGGAUGGGUCCCAUGACACGAACAAUUGUGAAGGUUGCUCUCUGGGCUUCUGCUUACUGAGAUUGCGAAACAACACGACGGAGCCAUCAGUAUCCCCAUUCUCUCCCACUGGUUCCUCAUCUCCCACUGGUGAUGUGUUCAGCCAAAGCCAAUGGAAUGGGUAUUAUUAUGUCUAUAAGGCAUCAGGGCCCAGCCACACCACUGCUGAGCCCAAAGGGGAGACCAGCAGGCAGCCCAUCCCAAGGACCGACAGGCAGGCUGCACAGGGAAAUUUACAAUCCACACGGGGGACAGCACCACAGGCCCCCUGCAGGACAUACUCUGAGGUUGUCAGGAGGGUAGGACAACAGUCCACACAGCAGGCAUGCUCACAAGCCACACAAGGGGCAGGUGUGCAGGCCACACGGGGGACAGACCCAAAGACCACGUUGAGGGCAAUCCCAAAGGCUACAUCAGGGUCAGACACUCAGACUAUAGGGAGAACAGUCCCCUCUAGGUCAAAUCUACAGCUCACGUGGACAGACUCCGUGGCUACACACGGGUUUUCGGCCUCCAGUGGAACUCAAGCUGCCUGGAGAAGUUCACCCAGAAAUGUUCCAAACAGCUAUCCCAUAUACGCUCCGUUAGCGCAACAAGAUUACUUCGUUGAUGAGGAGAGAUUGAACCUGUUCUACUUUCUCUGCGAUCUUGAGAUGAGGCGCUUAUCCUGCAUUAUCUGCACGGGCCCAACGUAAUCACAAUGGUCCUUACAGAAGGGAGGCAAGAAUGUCAAAGUGAGAAAAAGGAGAUUUAACGAUGGCAGGAGAGCUUGCAGUGAUGGGCUUUGAAGAUGGAGGAAGUAGCCAUGAGCCAAGGAACGCAGGCAGCUCUAGAAGCUCAUAAAGACAAAGGAACAGAUGUUCCCCCAGAGCUUCCAGAGGGAACCAGCUCUGCGGACGCACGACUUCAGCCCGGUGAGACUGAUUUUAGACUUUGGACCUCCAGAAGUCUAUGAUAAUAAAUUUGUGUUGCUUUAAGUCACUA